AUGUCCACUAUGAAAGAGGUGACGGAGACACUUAGAGAUAAUGAGAUCAACAUCAUUGGAAUAUGUGGAAUGGGUGGUAUUGGCAAGACAACAAUGGUGAAAGAUGUCGCCAUUAGAGCAAAAAAUGAAAAUCUAUUUGAUGAGAUUGUCAUGGCAGUAGUCUCUCAUAGUCCAGACUUGUGGAACAUUCAAGGUCAAAUAGCAGACAACUUGGGAUUUAGAUUGAGAGAAGAAACUUUAUUUGGAAGAGCAACUCAUCUACGACAGAGAGUAGCAAAUGGUAAGAGAAUCCUUCUUGUACUCGAUGAUGUUUGGGAAUGGAUCGAUCUUCAGGCCAUUAGGAUUCCUUUCUGGGGUGAGAAUAAGGGUUGUAAAGUUGUGUUGACGUCACGGAGCUUGGAUGUACGCAUAGGAAUGGGAUCCCAAAAGAAUAUUGAAGUCAAAACCUUAGUGUAG